UAACCGGGGUUUAUUUUUUAAUAUGACAAGCACAGCAGCGGGCACCCUCAAGUUGGAGUAAAGAUGGCAGAAGGACAAUUUUCUCCUUUAAAAUCAAAAGUGCAUUUGUACUACAAAAAUGGAUCUUUGAUGCCUUGUGAGGAGGAUGCCUUUCAUGAGUUCAAAGGUCAUAGAGAUAUAAGUGUAGAAGACUUACCUCCUUGGACACAGGAACGCACGAGUAAUACAGAUAAAGCAUCUAGACGUGCAGUGUCAAGGGCACUGAAUGCAUACCUUAACACAGGGCUUGGUGGAACAUGUUACCUUGGAGUAACAGACAAGGGUGUGGUUCAUGGACUCAAACUUACGGGAUAUAUGAAGGACCAUGUGGUAGGCAGUCUGGAUGACCUGAUGGCCAGGUACAACCCACCAGUCAAACAGCAUCGUUACAAGGUCCGUUUUGUACCGGUGGUGGAUAAGGAUGCUACAGAGGCUGAAAUAAUACAACACACACUAGCCAACAGUGAUUUGAGUAUAUUAGAGGAGAGACGGCGUCCUCACCAGUUCAGGUCAUACAGAUAUUGUUGGUGUGACAACGAUGUGCGAGCCCAGUAUAAUUCUGGUGUCAUUGCCGGUGAUUAUGUCAUAGAAAUUUCUAUCAAACCUUGGGAUCCUUCUGACCCACGUAAUCAUGAUGACGGAUGUGGCUCUCUUGUUCAUCUUCAUCCUUACCACGAAGAUGAAGAAGGAAAUCUUUACUUCAGACGACAGGCCAGUUUAGUAAAAUACACAAUGACUGAGAUGGCUAUGCUAACUAAACAAGAAGCAAGGGAGAAAUGUGAGGACACCAUUAAAAGACUAAGAGAAGAAAUAUUGCAUUUUAAGUUAGCAAAACAAACUUCAGACACUGGUUGAUGUUUACAUAUGCUUUUACAAUGGCUGAAGCGGACAUCGAAGAAAAAUUAUGAUGAAUGUCAAGAACUGGAUAUAGCUAGCUUGUGUUGUGUUAAUAACUGGAUAUAGCUAGUUUGUGCUAUGUCAAAAACCUGAUAUAGCUAUAUUUUACUGUGUCAAAUUAAAACAGGAUGUUGUUAGAUUGUGCCUAGUCAAAACAAAAUAUAGCUACAGUAUUUUUUGUGUCAAAAACAAGAUAUACAAAUUGUAGCUGGUUUGUGCUGUGUCAAAGACAGGAUACAACUACAUGUAGUUUGUGCUGUGUCAAAACAAGAUAAAGCUAGUUUGUACUGUCAAAACAGGAUAUACAACAUAGCUAGUUUGUGCUGUCAAACACAGGAUACAACUACAUGUAGUUUGUGCUGUGUCAAAAACAGGAUAUACAAAUUGUAGCUGGUUUGUGCUAUGUCAAAGACAGGAUACAACUACAUGUAGUUUGUGCUGUGUCAAAAACAGGAUAUACAAAUUGUAGCUGGUUUGUGCUGUGUCAAACACAGGAUGUAGCUACAUGUAGUAUGUGCAGUGUCAAAACAAGAUAAAGCUAGAUUGUGCUGUGUCAAAACAGGAUAUAGAACACAGCUUGUUUGUGCUGUCAAAAACAAGAUAAAGCUAGAUUGUGCUGUGUCAAAACAGGAUAUACAACAUAGCUUGUUUGUGCUGUCAAGAACAGGAGAUAGCUACUUAGUGUUUUGUCAAAAAUGGAAGCAAGGAAAUUUUGAAAAAGGAUAUCAGAGUGUAAUGUGUGUAUAAUACUCCAAUAAAGUUCUUGUCAUGGUGUAAAGGUUCUACUUGUAGUUAAUAGUUUGAUAUAAUGAAAGUUUUUGUAUGUAUCGUAAUUGGCCAAUA